CGGCUGAGACGCAUACAUACGGAUCGGCAAUAACGUCAUGAUAAAAUCAAUGAUGUCCCCCCCAUCUCUCAUCUCUAUUACCGUGACUGUGUGACAAAUUACGCUUAAUCCCUAAUUCCGCCCUAACAAGAAAGAGAAUGGCACGUCCAAGAAGCGUCUUCCUGCGCGCGUCGCUCCAGUUCUCGUACCGAUGGGCCACGCCCGGCGCGAAGUGCCAGUAUGCCAGGAUCUUGUCGUCGCCUCUAACGCGGAAGUACUAUUACUCAACCGAUCGGCCUGCUGCUGCUGCAGCACCGGCAAGGCAGCGUAGUGGGAGUAAGGUAUUCAAAUCGGCUGAUGAGGCGAUUGCGGAUUUGCAGGAUGGGAUGACACUUUUGAGCGCUGGAUUUGGGCUUUGUGGUGUGGCUGACACGCUCAUCCAAGCCAUCCACAAGAAAGGACUCCAGGACCUGACCGCGGUGUCGAAUAACGCUGGCGCUGGAGAUGGCGGAUUAGCUUUGCUUACCAAGAGCGGGCGACUGAGUCGCAUCAUCCUGUCGUAUCUGGGCAGCAAUAAAGAGCUGGAGAAACAGUACCUCACAGGCCAGAUCGCCGUCGAGUUAUGUCCUCAAGGCACACUGGCCGAGAAAUUGCGGGCCGCUGGGGCUGGGAUCCCAGCUUUUUAUACAUCGACUGGUGGCAACACAUUUAUCGAAACGGGGGAGAUCCCCGCGCGGUUCACACCCGAGGGCAUCUUAGAAAAAGGAAAGCCCAAGGAGACGAGGAUAUUCAAUGGAAAGUCCUAUCUCAUGGAGACUGCGCUCCAGGGCGAUGUGGCUAUUCUAAGGGCGUGGAAGGUCGACGAGGCGGGGAACUGUGUUUUCAAAUACACGACAAAAACCUACGCCGGCCUUAUGGCCAAAGCCGCCAAACUCUCCAUCGUCGAAGCCGAGAACAUCGUGCCCCUCGGCGCUAUCCACCCUGACGAAGUCGACCUCCCCGGAAUCUUCAUCGACCGUAUUGUCCCCGCCACAGCACCCAAGCACAUUGAAAACCUCAAACUCGCCCCUCCCAAAGAAGAUCCCUCCAACAUCACCAGCACAAGCCAACCCAAUGCCCGGAACCGCAUCGCCAAACGUGCCGCCCUCGAGUUGAAGGAUGGGUUUUAUGUAAAUUUGGGAGUCGGCAUCCCCACCCUCUCCGCCUCUUACCUCCCCCCUAACACCAAAGUCUGGCUCCAAUCCGAGAACGGAAUCCUCGGCAUGGGCCCCUACCCCGCUUCAGAAAAAGACAUUGACGCAGACCUCAUCAACGCGGGCAAAGAAACCGUAACUCUCCUCCCAGGCGCGUCGACCUUCGACAGCGCCGAAUCCUUCGGCAUGAUCCGCGGCGGGCACGUCGAUGUAUCAAUCCUAGGCGCAUUCCAAGUUUCCGCCUCUGGCGACCUGGCCAAUUACAUGAUCCCUGGCAAAGUAUUUAAGGGGAUGGGCGGCGCCAUGGAUUUAGUGUCGAACCCGGAACAGACCAAGAUCGUUGUUGCGACGGAACAUGUGGAUAAGCAAGGCCGGAGCAAGAUUGUGCAGGACUGCAAGCUGCCGCUUACGGGGAAGGGGGUCGUGAGUACGAUUAUUACGGACUUGGCUGUAUUCCAGGUGGAUCGAGUCAAUAGCCGAUUGACGUUGACGGAGGUGGCGGAGGGAGUGGAUGUUGAGACGGUGAGGGAGAAGACAGACGCGAACUUUGACGUGGCGGAGGAUUUGGGGACGUUUUAGGGCGGGGCUGGUUUGGUCAUUGUAUAUAUGGGAAGCACCAAGAAGCUACACCUACUGUUGAUCCUGGUUGUAGCAAACCUUGGAGAAGGUGUCUGUACAGGGCGACGUCAGACGUAAGGUAUUCUAAAGACGUCCAUUUUUGAGAAAUAAGAUAGUAUGGUUCAUUCAUUGGUAGAGUAAUCGGUAGUCGGCCAUACGCCCAACACGCUAAGUGAUACAGGGUUGUGUGCGAGUCUCAGGU